AUAUAAUGUAAACCUUACAUUAUAAUAAGAUGAGAUUUCUAUUUUGCCACGUAGGGUAAAAGCUAGAUGGCAUGGAUGGGCUAGUGCUUAUGAUGGGCAAUUCGUUGAGGAUUUGGGCAAUAUAUGGGGAAGGAGAUGGAGUUGUUGCCAAAGCCGAUGGGGGAGGUUGGAGGUUUGGGAGGGUGCAGGUUAUGGGAUGUGGACGGUUUAGUGCUAUUGAUGAAAGAUCUAGGGGAUCCUAUUGUGGUGGAGGAGGCGUGGUGGGGAAAGGUACUAGGAGUGAUGGUGCAAGUGACACGGCGUUUCGGAAUGAAGAAGAAGCAACGGGUGACUCUGAUCGGCGGUGGAUGGUGGCUGUGGUGGGUAGUGGUGCUUUGGUUAGCCUCGCAUCAGUGGAAAAGGUGGGGGGGGUGAGGAGAUUCUCAGAUGGACCCAAUGAGAUUUCUAUUCUGCCACAUAGGGUAGAAGCUGGAUGGCAUGGAUGGACUGCUGCUUAUGAUGGGCAAUUGGCUAAGGAUUUCGGCAAUGGAGGAGGAGAUGGAGUUGCUACCAAAGCCAAUGGGGGAGGCUGGACGUUUGGGAGGGCAUAGGUUAUGGGAAGUGGACAGUUUACUGUUGUCGAUGAAAAGACCUAGGAGUUUUUUUUUUUUUUUUUUUUUAGCUUUUUACAAAUAGCUAUCAAUUGUUGGUUUUAAUCAAAUGAAUUAGAUAUU